UCUCAGGCUGGCUGGGCCCCUGUUCCUCCACUUCUUCCCCUCCUCCCUGCCUCUGGCUCUUUCUUUCUCUCUCCCCUCCCCGCCCCCAGUCUUGCCUCCCAGCGCGCUUCCCUUCCCCCGCCUCUCGGUCCCCCACCCUCCCCUCCCCCCACUCCUCCUGCCUUGUGACACAUCCCGGGCCCUCUCGGAGGCGGCAGCAGCAGCAGCAGCAGAGGCAGUAGCAGCAGCACUAGCCACCACCUCCACCAAGGCCGCAACCCCCGGCCUAGCCUCCCCCAGGCCCGCCGCUGCGGCAGUCAUGGCUGCUGAUGGGGUGGACGAACGCUCGCCUCUGCUGUCAGCAUCCCACUCGGGAAAUGUCACUCCCACCGCCCCACCGUACUUGCAGGAAAGCAGCCCCAGAGCGGAACUUCCACCUCCCUAUACGGCCAUUGUCAGUCCAGAUGCCAGUGGUAUUCCAGUAAUAAACUGCCGUGUGUGCCAGUCUCUAAUCAAUUUGGAUGGCAAGCUUCACCAGCAUGUGGUUAAGUGCACGGUUUGCAAUGAAGCUACGCCUAUCAAAAACCCCCCAACAGGGAAGAAAUAUGUUAGAUGCCCUUGUAAUUGUCUCCUCAUUUGUAAGGACACAUCUCGGCGAAUAGGAUGCCCGAGACCCAACUGUAGACGCAUAAUUAAUCUUGGCCCUGUAAUGCUUAUUUCUGAAGAGCAGCCAGCUCAACCUGCAUUGCCAGUCCAACCAGAAGGUACAAGGGUCGUUUGUGGGCACUGUGGAAACACAUUCCUGUGGAUGGAACUGAGGUUCAACACUCUGGCAAAAUGCCCACACUGCAAAAAAAUCUCUUCAGUGGGUAGUGCACUUCCACGAAGACGCUGUUGUGCAUAUAUUACCAUUGGGAUGAUAUGUAUUUUCAUUGGAGUUGGAUUAACUGUUGGCACCCAAGAUUUUGCAAGGCGAUUUCAUGCAACUUAUGUUUCUUGGGCAAUUGCUUAUCUCUUAGGUUUGAUCUGCCUUAUCCGAGCUUGUUACUGGGGAGCCAUAAGAGUCAGUUAUCCAGAACACAGUUUUGCAUAAGCUUGUUUAUGAUUCAGUGAUGCAGGUAAGAAUGUCUAGCAGUUCUUGAUAAGCUACUCUGGACAUCUUUAGAUUAUUUAUCCUAGUGGAUUCUUUUCUGGUUUAUGUAUAAUAGUUUAAAGACUUUGAGGUCUUUUCUGAACAAAUGCUCAUUGUACUACAUUAUAUGCAAAUAGUUUAUUUUGCUGCUAGGUUUAAAAAAUUGGAAUAAUUAAGCUGUGUUUUCAUGUUCUUUUGCAUUUCUUAAAGAUAUUUUUGGAUUUGUUACCAAACAUUACAUAUAAUAUCACCCUUUCAUUAUUUUGAAAUCAGUUAUUUCAUUACUUGUUGAUUUGUGAGUAUUCCCAAGAAGUGUGUAUAAAUGUUUCUAUAAUAGUUUCAUAUUUAUACUUACAUUUUAAUUAAAUAGCAUAUCAAAAUUGCUUGCUUAAAACCUAAGCAAUAUGCAUUUGCUUGAACUGCUUACUGUAACUUUAACCUAAGAUUAUAGUGACCUUAUUCAGGAAAAAAAAUUUAGCGUACUUUCAAAGACUUGACAUUCUUGUCAGAGAAAAAAACAUUUCUAGAUACCGUAUGCCUGUUUUUUGUUGUUUGUAGAAAGAUACAAUAUUUUUGGUAGUAAUUUAAAAUACAAGAAUGAAAAUAUUUAUUUGUCCACAGUUGGAGAUGUUAGAUAAAUGUCUUUUCACAAAGAUCAUAGGCCUUUCUGUCUUUCAUUUUUGUCUUUUUAUUUACUAAUUAUAAAAGAUCCGUUUUGGAUUUAUGGAUUUAAUGUUUAUCCACUGUAUGUAUUAUUUUAUGGAGGCUGAAGGAAGUAUUUCACAUCACAUGUUUUGUAACACUUAACCAUUUAAUCAAAGACAUAUAUACAUUGGAGUGUGCUCCUUUUCAUUAGAUCAUGGUAAUUUUUUCUUAUUGGCAUAAUUAUGUACUGCUUAUGUGUGAAGGGAGCCUAUGACAUUUCACACUAGCUAAAAUGUUGAGAUUAGGGGUACUCUUACCAUUAUUCUCAAAUGUAAUUUAUCAGAGAAUUGCCCAGAUUAUUCAAGAAAAUAGAUCAGAGAUAAAGAGCAACAGUUUUCUCAGAAUUCUCAGAUUUAUGGAAUCAGCUCUUGCACUGCCUAUCUUUGCAGUUUUAAAAAGAAAUUGCUUAAUUGAGAAGUAAUUUUUGAAAGUUUUUAAUGUAGUAGAAUUAGAUAAUGAGAUGAUUUGAGUAAAUUAAUUGGUGAUUUCAGGGAUAAGACUAAUAUUUUAAAUUAUUAUAUGUUACUGAUUAGUAUAAAAAUGUACUUAUCAAAAUUUGGAACAAAAUACAUGUAAACUUUGAAGAAUAAAUGACAAAUGUAUGAAUGCAGUAGCUCAAGAUUAUAUGUACCUUGGAAAAUACACUAAUAAAGAUUAUUGUUCAAAAA